AAGUGAUGUCUGUCAUCUUACUUGUGGCUGACUUUGUAAACUUAAGAGUUGAAGUUCUGGGUGGACUUAGUGACAUGAGUUUUGUAAAAGGUCUUCUUGAAGCCUUUUUGGGUGUUGCACAACAUCUGCUCCCUGGCAGCCUUCCAGAUGAAUAGUUCCUUUACAGGCAUGUUGGCAUUUGGCUAAUAGUGCUUCAUCGGAGUUUAAAAGAGUAUUUUUCUUAGGGGGGAAAAAUGAGGCUUUCAUCAGGUUUUAGUCUUGACAAGCAACAAAACUUUCUGAAGCAUUUCAAUGUCUUUUGGGUAAUAAAGGUAGAUAUUUACUGCUGAUCUGGUGUGUGUAUAUAUAGCUGUGUCCCCAAACUUUGUAGCGAUUUGUGCUUUGAUAAAGAUCCAUACUGCCGUUUGAUAGCAGUAAAAUGUAUUUAAGGGUGACCUGCAAAAAAGAAAAAUCAGGUUUGUACUUUGGCAUGUGCUGCGGCACUGUUAGGGCUUUGGAUAUCAUGGUCGUGGUGUUUCCCCCUUCCCCACUUCUAUUUAACUGUCCCAAAUGAAUGGGAGCCGCCUUAGUAUUUUGACCUUAGCAUCUUCAUCUCUUGAAGAAGAUGAAGUUGAGCUGACUACUCUCAGGUGGUGACGAGUCUAAAUGUAGUGUUACUGCUUUAAGCUGAUACUCAAUUUACUAGUUUUCAAGUCACCUUGGAAAUGCAGUGGAGUGUCAAGAAAAUACUUGACUUCUCCACUGUUAAAAUGUCUCAGAACAAGCUAACGGUAACUAAUACAACCUUUCCUCUUGUGGGUCACUUCUAAAAUACAUAGCAUGUCAUAAAUGUCUCGCAAAAUAGUGAUCAGUGUUCACUUGUGUUUGAAUUGGGUAAGGAUUGAUAGUUAAUGUGUUCACAAGGUGUGGCCUAACGAAUGGGAGAACAAAUUUCCAAAGGGUUUCAAAAUGUUUGUCUUUGGAGGCAAAAUGGAACUGAGUCCGCGUAAUGAACUUCAGGAGUAUAAGCCCUGGGAGACUUCCAUAAUUAGAGGCUGUGAAGUGUUGAUGCUUGAGAUUCAGCAAUGGUGUUCUGUAACACAAAGAAUUACAGUCUGAAAGAUUGCUUUAACAGGCCCUAAUUAUGAAUGGUCCCUUGCCUUAAACUAUGCUUUCACUUUACUACACGAGAUACAUUGGUUAAUAGGAGUAUCUGUAUGUGUAGAUGUCUAAUUUUAAGUACUGUGUUGAAUUCCGUUCCAAGUGUCUUGUGGUUUCUCUCCAGUUCACGUGGAUGGAAAAGUCCGGUGUGAGAUUGUUUCCUGCCUUGCUGUUCAGCUGCUCAUUCCAGCAGAUACUCCUAGGGGAACAUUGAAACCUCUCCAUUCUGUCUGCAGGGCUUGUUACGCUAAACAUUGAGAAGCAUUGUUCUUGGUUUUUGGGACUGCUUGUUAAAAUACAACAGUCUAGAUUUGCUGUGUGGUUGCGAUUCACUCUAAUUAGUCACUGACUUCUACCAAAUUGGUGCUCUCGUGCUGUGCUUGAACUUGCUCAAUCGGUACUUCUUGAUACAAGGCAUAGUAGUUCCAAGAACCAGGAAUGUGACCGUGGAAAAAUCUAAAUGUUAGAAUUCUUGGUUUGUAAGUGUAAGAAUUACAGGCCAAACGUUCAAGGUUUUGGGAGCACGUGAAAGAGAUCUGUACCCAAAGGGUAAACAUAGGCGUUUCAUGACUGCUCCAUCGCUUGGCAGUUGUGAAGACUUAAGCUGUUGGGCAGCAAUGGCAUAGCAGGUUGCUGAACGUAGGAGGAAUUCACCUCAAUCGGCUGGUUUGCGUCAGUAAGUAUGGUUUAGGAGACAUGAGCUUUGAGGUCUGCUCAUAUUUCUGCAACCUGGUUUUUUCAGAUGCGUACAGUCUUCUAAAGGUGACAUCUCUCUCAAGAGUAAUGCCUUGGUUCAGUCAUUUCAGUGUAUUUGUUGGUGAAACUCAAUUACAGGUAUGCAGUAUGACAUACUUACUAAUGAAAUUAAAAAAUGUUCUUGUUUGAAACUCCCUUGUAUUGGCUGACAAACACAAGGUUCUACUAAACUGAUGUAAUCAGCAUUGAUAACUGGCAAUUGGUGAAUGGCUUCAGGAGAAGAAUGAGGCAGCAGUUCUUCAGCAUGUAAGUGGAGUCUAAACGUAAACACGAUUGAAUGCUAAAUAGAUGUCUUAAUUUGUCCCCAACAAAUGGCUCUGUCUUAGGGAGAAAAAUGGUAAUGCUUCAUGGCAGCUGGUGUAAGUGAGGUGGUACCAUAUGAUAAAAAAGAACUUGAUUUGAAUUGGAGAUACUUAUCGAUUCCUUUAGGAAAUACAGACUUCUGUGUUUUAAACCUUUUUCUUGACCAGAGUAGCAAGAUGGCAUACAAUACAAGGAGAAAGAUUAGCUGUAAAAUAUUUAUGUUCUGCUCUGCAAAGCUGGGGGCAGCUGCAGGCAAGGCCAUGCUCAUGUCCCAUUCAAAGAUUCCAGGACACCCUGAAAACUGUUUGUAUUAGCGUGGUUGUACCCACCUUUACGCAAGGCAGAGCUGUAUUAUGGAGCAGGCACACUUACCUGUGUCAGCAGAUCUUCCCCAGCUUAAACUUUCUGUGAAGAAGAGCAGCUGCUAAACUUCAUUGUGCUGCCUUCUUUCUUGCUCCAUUUCCAGCAAUUUUUGGAACCUUUGUGGCCUCCUAAAGGUGUAACUCACACCCUCUCGCUAUUGUACUCAAUCCCAGAGGUUAAGUACUGGUGAGCACUUUUGUUAUUUCAGUACUAAUAGCUGUUACUCCAGUACCUGAAGACAGCUGUUACUGGAGAGUCCCCUGAGUUUUGGUGCCCAAGAUUUCUGUCACAGCGUGCUUGCAGACUGAAGUUUUAGGUGGGCAAAGAGAAAAGGAUGGAUGAGCAACGUGGAAGUGCUGUUCCACAUCUGCCUCGCUUCCCCCUUACUUUCAGUAGAUGCGCUGAGUUGCUCUAUUUUUCCCUGGCCUCAACUAUCUUUUUGAGGAGGCACUGCCCUUCAUCAGUGGCUGCAAUGAGCUUUUUCGCUCCCUCUUUCCUCCCUGGGCUCUUAAAGAGCCGAAAUUUCCCAUAUUUUUCUCUGGGCUCUCAUGCAAAAGUGAGAUUUCCCUUCCCCUACUGUAUAAGAAAGCUUGCGAACUCUUCUCUCUCUAAUUUGGGAAGAAUGUUUUUCUUUUCCCCUUUUAACGAAAGCUUUGUACAUAUAUUAAGUGCGUUUCUCUUCUCUCUCCCCAGCCCACACCCCCCACGUAACUUUUUAGAGGUUGUCUGUCAUGAGCUUUAAACACUGUAAAUGAAGGAGGAGCUGUGACCAAUUCUGAAUUGCCUCACGUUGAAAGUAUGAGGCUCUUGAUGGCAGCGUCCUCUGAAUCAGUGACAUUGAUUGUAGUUCUUUACUUCAGAAGAUGAUGGGACAUUCGUAUAGUUUUGGUAAUGUCUUGAGAGUCUUCUUCUCUAGUAUCUGCUUUUGACCCUCUAGGCCAAAGAAAUUACCGUGAUAUAAGGCAUUUACUCCUCUUUCAGUUUCUGUGUUUCUCUUCUUGCUGAGACUUGCCUCUCUGCACUUUUCAUGCCUUUCAGAGCUUCUUGGUUUGUCGCUAACUGUUAAAAUCAUACUGCCCAACUUUAGAGUCUUCAAAGUUGACAUCUACAUCUGAGCUGGUUAUCCUGUACUUCCCAAGUAUGUCCUUAGGGUUAGCGAAUCCAGCUCAGCCAUGCCUCAGGUCACUAUCUGGACAUACUUAUCUGAACUUCCUGAACAGUCGCUGGAGAAUAUCUGAAUUCUGACAGACCAGCAUGGCUUGAACACCUAAAUUUUCUGUGCAGAUGAACUUUGGGAAGCGGAUACAAAGUGUGAGGGGGAGUGAAAAUACGACUAAUGAUACGUAGCAGUGGAGAUUCCUGUGACUUGUAUUUCUAAUUACUGCAAUGAUUUCUGCUCAGUCUCUUGUUUUAGGAAACACUGAGUUUCUGAACUUUCUCAUGUGUGAGGUUUAAAAAAACAAAUUGGUCUGCUCUAAGAUAAGUCUUAAAGACACCAUGGGGAACAUGUUCUUUAAUUAUACUUGCAUUGACUUAGAGCUAGUAUUUUCUGCCAGUUUUAUCUCCCUUUGGAGGCUGGUCCAAUAAUAAACUUGAGUUUUUAGGUAAGUCUCUUGUGCUUGAAUGAAAUUUCUUCACUUACGGAUAUCUUUCCUGAUAUAAACCAACUGUUCUCUAGCAGAAAGAAAAUCUGCCUGGAUCACUGUGCAUUUCUUCUGCCCUCUGAAGCAGGUUUAGUACGUGGAUAUCUGCUCUUGGUACUUUUCCAUGGCUUAAUUGCCUGUGCGCUAUCAUAGGUUACCCUUGUCUGCUACUGCUGCUUUAUCCCCAGUGCCUGAUGUUCUGAUACACUGUGGUUUGGGAUCUAGAAAAAAGCCAAAUAAAAUGUGACCCAGCGUAUGUUCUUAAAAAAAAAAUUAAAAAAAAAAAAAAAAAAAAAAAAAAAUUCCUUUGCCAGCCUCAAACAGUAGUCUCUUGCAAGAAGUGUCAUGUGGAAUCAUUUCACAUGUUUUUUAGGUGAAAAAAUACAUUUUUAUUGCAGUUGUUUUGUACUAUGGACUUGGUGUCUUGGCUACUGAGCUAUUACACUAUUGUGGCGUUCCCCUCCCCCUGCUUUUUUUUUUUUUUAAUUUGGCUAUUCAGGAAGUUCAGAUGUCCUUUGAAGGAAAGCAGCUACUUCAAGAUGUAUAUUUAGUUUCUAAUGUAGGUGUCUAUAAGGCUCACAUGUGAAGCACUGAGCAAAAUUGGCACAUAGUAGAUUCUUACGAGCGUGACAAACAAUUGCUGCUGUGAUAGACUCCUGGAAAUCUGUGGUUCAGAGCUCAGAUUUGUUAAAAUAGUAACUGUUAAAUCAUGUUUAAUCUGUUAUGUUCAAGCUUGGCAAACUUCUUUGGAAGUGUUUGUGUGGAUCUGAAGUAAGAAUUGUAGCUGAAUUUGAUUAGUGGUUGGGACAGGAGAGCCCUCAAUCCAGGGGCUCAGGAGUGUUAUUAGGAGCAAAGUCACAGAGUUCCAACCUGUGACUUCUGGCCUCUGUGAAAUGGAGUGGUUUUGUAUUGUAGGUAAUCUGGGAAUUUGUUGUCUUCCUACAUAAAUUGUUGAAUCACACUUGCAUUCUUGAUCAAAGUUUGGUUGGACUUUGGCUGCUGCUGUUGAGAUGGAUGGCUUCAGAAUGACUUAGUAAUGCUGAGUAUUUGGACUCGGUGCACGGCCACCAUGUGCCACCAAGGACUAGUCCAGGAGGGCUGUUUACAGCACAGUCCCUUUUGCUACACAGACUGUGGAGACAAUUCUGUGUAUGCUGUGUGAUCUCAUAUUGUUCAGAUUAUAGGACGGAAUUAAUUUCGUUAGGCUGUAUUUCAAGAACUAUUGUUCAGAUGGUGAAGCUAUGGAUAGUGAUCGACCACUGAUCUGCCCUGUCCCUUUCAAAGGGACUUGCUUGGUAGUCUCUACCAGCCUCAAACACUAUCCUUAUAAAAACACAAACGGAUCAGAGUUUGUUUAUUCUGUCUAGCUAACUGUUCUUUGGCUGGAAUGCUGAUAUUGCUAAAUUAUUUGUUUAAAUAAGAAAUGGAAAUGAAAAAAAAAAAAAGUAGUGAUUUCAUUAAGCAUUCCUUUUCUUUCAGUAAGAGGGACCUUGCAGGAUGGUCGUUUUGGAUAAUGACACUUAAGUGUCCUGUAAAUGACUGGUCCUGAGGGAGAUCAGGCUGAACACUUCUUCCUGUCUGUCCCUUGCUUGAGUGUGAGACUCCAGUUCCUCACUCAGAGUAUGUUAUCAACCUUCAGACUGGGUCGUGGUUUCCCACAAAGACUGCUUUCUGCCUUUCAGAUAAUGCAACUUGGAGUCCUCCUGUCUUAAACUUAAAAACUAGGAAUUCUAAAACCAGAAAGAAAGUCAAAAACAUUUUUCUCGAUGAUUCUUCUGUAUGCCAGUCACUUCAAAGGCAGCAGCCAUUUCGGUAGUUGUAUUCUGGAGGUACAUGAUAUGGUUAUGUGGUUAUAAAAAGGCAAUCCUAAUCUUGUGGGGAAAGGUGCAGAUGUAGUUUUCCAGUGUGUUUUGCCCUUUGCUAUAGACGGUUUUGUCUUGAGAGCAAAUGUCAGACUGUUUAAUACUACUUAUUGAAGCUAAAAAAUGGACUUUAUUGUGGCUCAACAAAAAGUUGAAAACCUGCUGAAAUUAAUAGUAGGUAGUCAGUGAUCUCUUGGUCUCUCUGAACAGUCUGACUCUCUUUUUGGAAGUUUGUCUUUAAAUCCAGAAAGAAGCAAGUAACUGUUCAAGUUCUGGACAACAGAGACAAGAUUACAUACUACGUAAAGUGAAGGAAACUUGUUCUUGCAGACUUUCCCAUGGAUUUGGAUUGCCUCAAGUAAUGAGUGGGUACUAAAGAUCAAGGAAACUGAUAUUGUGGAAAUAGCUGGCUUUUGAAGUGGAGGAAAAUCAAGAACAUGUUUAACUGUUUUAAGACUUUACUGCAUACCUGUAAUUGUCCAGUUUUGUGGUCUAGAGAACAUGGAGUGUUUCUGGGCUUUCUUAUAAGGCAGAGGCUCCAUACACGGUUGUUGAUUGUUCUAAAUUCCCAUUGUUUUCUUGGCUUUUCUCCCUUGGUAUAUGUGUCGUCUGGAAUCUGAUUUGUAGUUGGUGAGGUAACAUACGUGGAGCUCUUAAUGGACGCUGAAGGAAAGUCAAGGGGAUGCGCGAUCCUGAUGGUGAGCACGCCAGGAGAGCGAUGCAGAAGGUCAUGGCAGCAGCUGGUGGAAUGGGUAUUGGUCCAGGCCCUGGCGGCCCCGGCAUGAUCAAUAUCCCGCCCAGUAUACUCAACAAUCCCAACAUACCUAAUGAGAUCAUUCAUGCCCUACAGGCAGGGAGACUGGGAAGCACUGUCUUUGUUGCAAAUUUGGAUUACAAGGUUGGUUGGAAGAAACUGAAAGAAGUGUUCAGCAUGGCCGGUGUUGUGGUUCGGGCAGACAUACUAGAAGAUAAAGAUGGCAAAAGUCGUGGGAUCGGCACUGUCACUUUUGAGCAAGCUAUAGAGGCUGUUCAGGCUAUAUCAAUGUUUAAUGGGCAGCUGCUGUUUGACAGACCGAUGCAUGUAAAAAUGGACGAACGAGCCUUUCCCAAAGGAGACUUCUUUCCUCCAGAGCGACCUCAACAACUUCCUCAUGGUCUUGGUGGUAUUGGCAUGGGAUUAGGACCUGGAGGUCAACCUAUUGAUGCAAAUCAUUUAAACAAAGGCAUGGGAAUGGGCAACAUGGGACCUGGAGGAAUGGGAAUGGAAGGCAUGGGCUUUGGAAUGAAUAAAAUGGGAGGAAUGGAAGGUCCUUUUGGUGGCAUGGAAAACAUUGGUCGCUUCCCAGCUGGAAUGAACAUGGGCAGAAUGAGUGAGAUGGAUCGUGCCAUGGGUGGAGGAUUUGAAAGAGAGUUUGGAAGAAAUGAAAUGGGAAUGUCUCGUAGUUUUGGAGAGACCUUGGAGAGAGGAAUAGGUGGUGGAAAUGCCAGCAUUCCUGGGAUUGAGAGGAUGGCACCUGGCAUUGAUCGUAUGGGCUCGGGAAUAGAAAGAAUUCCUUCCGGGAUGGGGCAUGGGAUGGAGAGAGUAGGGUCAGAGAUAGACAGGAUGGGUCUUGUUUUGGAUCGCAUGAGCUCCAACGUGGAGCGAAUGGGUUCAGGCAUUGACCGAAUGGCCCCUCUGGGCAUAGAUCACAUUGCUCCUAACAUUGAGAGGAUGGGCCCAGCUAUUGAGAGGAUGGGUUCAGGCAUAGAACGAAUGGGCUCUGGAAUAGGCUUUGGUAUCGAGAGGAUGGGUGCUGCCAUUGACCGCGUUGGCACCACGAUGGACAGGAUGGGAUCAGGCGUAGAGCGUAUGGGUUCUGGCAUGGAUAGAAUGGGCAUAGGCAUGGAGCGUAUGGUCCCUGCUGGAAUGGGAACUGGAAUGGGGCAGGUGAUCGAGAGAAUGCCGGCUGGUUUGGAUCGCAUAGGUGCCACUCCCAUGGAAAGAAUAGGAAUAGAUCGUAUGGGUGCUGCUAGCAUGGAGAGAAUGGGCUUGGAGCGCAUUGGAGCCACUAAUAUGGAAAGAAUGGGUCCUGCUAUGGGGCAGGGCAUGGGAGCAGGCAUAGAUCGAAUGGGACUUGCAAUGGGAAGCAAUUUUGAAAGAACAAUGGACAUGGAACGUGGAAACUUUGCAGGCAAUUUUGCAGGCUCCCUUGGAGGAACUGGAGGACCUGCAGCUGGGGUGGCCAGAAAAGCCUGUCAAAUAUUUGUGAGAAAUCUGCCUUUUGAUUUUACAUGGAAAAUGCUGAAAGAUAAAUUUAAUGAAUGUGGUCAUGUGCUGUAUGCUGAUAUCAAGAUGGAGAAUGGGAAGUCUAAAGGAUGUGGUGUGGUUAGAUUUGAGUCCCCAGAAGUAGCUGAGCGGGCCUGCCGUAUGAUGAAUGGGAUACAGCUCCGUGGGAGGGAGAUUGACGUGCGAAUUGAUAGAAAUGCUUAAGUAGUUGCCUUUUUAACACUGAUACCAGAUUUUUGAAUUUGUAUUUUUUCUUGUUAACCAUUUUAAUUUGACUGGAUGUAAAGGUGUUAAAACAAUUCAGUUGCUUCUGGAGUAAUUUUAAUUACUUUUUUAACAAAUGGAUUUCCAUUUUACUGUUUUUUGCAUUGAAACUGCAAUGUGCACAAUCUUUUUUUGUAGUUGUGGCAUCUUGUUGACAUUACAGAUGUAAACAGUAUGACUUUGAUAAUAAAUGCAAGUUAAAGAUUUCA